ACAAGAUUGUAAGAUGAGACGUCACGUGAGGCGUGGAGCUGACUAUUUGUGUGUGAAACGAAACCUAUGCUCUCCGUCUGGAUUCUUCAGCAGAGAGAAUCAGAAUAUGACCAUACUCUGUCACUAGAAGACUACAAACUCAUAAACUAUGGCAAGGAUUGAAGAAGGAAAAGCCGCUGCAAAUUCUCUCUUAGAAGACAAAGCCGCCGGUCAUACAAAAGACAUACAGAAAAAGCUAACGCCUUGCCUUACAUCACCUUACACAGUGAGCUAUGCAGUGUGCCUCCUGGGUGUCCUGAAUGUUAUCCUGGUGAUUGUGAUAAUCGUAUUGGCCGUCCUAGUCUGCUCUGUCAGGAAUACUGAUUAUGAACGGAUAACUAUUACAAAUGAAGCCAGGAACCAGAACCCCGUCCCAUGUGAAGAUGACUGGAUCUGGUACCAGGGAAAGUGCUACUACUUCUCUAAAGAAUCUGAUACAUGGAACAACAGCCAGAAAUUCUGUAUCUCACAUAAUGCAUCCCUGGCGCUUAUAGAUAAUCAGGAGGAACUGAAUUUUUUGCUCUGGGUUAAGGGUUUAGACAAUUACUGGAUCGGUCUGAGAAAUACAGAUGAUAAUAAAGCCUGGAUUUGGACCAAUGGAACAUUAUACAACGAACGCCUAUUCCCAGUCCAAAGAUCAUCACAAGAAAAUGUUGAAUGUGUUUUUUUAAAUCAUGAUGGCGUAAGAAGUAAGACAGGGGCUGCGGACUACAAAUGGAUAUGUACUGUAAAAUGAUGUUUUUUUGCCUGGACACCGCCGUACAUCAAAUUGAAAAAAGUUUUUUAUUCAGA